AGCCAUUCAAGCUAGGGAGGAGAUUCAUCUCUUCAAUACGAUAUAGGAAACGUUUCCGGAGAAUCAUCGUCUAGCUACGGACUCAUUUCGUGGUGGUCGGAUUCGGCGUGUCGACGGAGCUGGAAGCAGCAGCUUUUUUUUUUUAAUCUUCUUCUCCACCUCUUCCUCUUUCACCGGUUCGUUUUUAGAAGCCUUCACCUACUUUUGAUCCUAUUUCCUCAGCUAUUGCCACGAUAUUCUGAUUGUGUAAUCCUUAGAUUUUGAUCGCCUCAUUUCCUCGAAUCACUCUUUAUCCAAAUGUUCAUUGACGACCGCUCGUUGUUUUGAUCGAUGCGAUGGAUCCAAGCUUGGUUUGUUGUACCUUUGACGCUAAUUCAAAAGACUAAUCUCGUUUCGAAAUUGGUCUGGUUAUCAAAGCCAUGGCUCUUGAUGGGAUUGUUGUAUCUUCACCAUCGAGGAGAACGCAGUCUCUAAAGAGGCAGUGGGAAGAUUUGGGCAGCUGCUCCACGGUUAUCAAGAGGCAUCGAUAUCUCUUAACAGCUUUGGUUCUUUUGGCGUUUCUCUGCACUGUUUAUCUAUACUUUGCUGUCACUCUAGGCGCUAGGCACUUGUCGUGCUCUGGCUUGACCGGUAAAGAGAAGGCAAUGUGUCAAUUACAACAUGUCCAAGCUCUCUCCAAAGGGAAGCUGAAAUUUUUCUAGAGUGUGUCAUCGAGAGCCAAAGCUGAGAAAGCGCAACAUGAUUGCUCUCUUGCCCUACCACAUUCUUCUUUUUUUUUGUGAUUCUAUUGUGACAUUUGUGUGUAUUAUAUUAUUACAUUGUGAAAAAUACCAGAGAUUUAUAAUCGAAACAUAAUUCAUUUUUGUUCAUUAAUGAAAAAUUAAAGGAAGUU